GUCAUUUUUGGGCCCGGUGAAGGUCUGCAAGUUUUGCGGCAAACAUAUUUUUGGAAAUUUUAUACCCAAGAACUUUUCCGCUAUAUAACUUAUUUUGCUCUGCUGGCUAGUCUUCAGUUGACUGUGGACUAGGCCACAGAUUAGUUGCACCUCUUGGAUACGAUACGGAAUGAAUCUGGCAGCGCGCUUGGCUCUGCUGAGUCUCCUUCUCACUGCCGUCGUGGCGCAGAGGAGUAGCAGAACGAGAUCGGAUCGCCCACAGGGACGUACCUUGGGUCUGUUGACGCCCCUGCUGCUGGGCCUCGGUGGUGGUGGUGGAUCUCUCUUCGACGCUCCAGUUGCGCCAGUGGCUCCACAGCGACCCGUGGGUGGCGCUGCAGCAGGAGCACAGUCGGAUCAGUACUACGGCAGCAGUUAUCCCAGCUACAACUACAGGCCCAGCUACAAUCCGUACGGAUACACGAGUAGCUAUCCAGGCUACGGCUACGGCUACGGCUAUGGCUAUCCGGGAUUGGGUCUGGGUUACGGAUCCAAUUACUACCGGCCCAGCUACAACUACGGUGGAUAUCAGCGACCGCAGCCAUAUACCGGCAACUACUACGGCUACCGGCCAAACUACACCGCAGGAGCAGGAAUUGGAGGAGGAGCAGUGGGCGGUGGCUAUCCCUCGUAUGCCAGCUACGGCAGUACGGCUGGAGUUUCAGCCACGCCCGCGUCGCCUGCAUUGGGAGUGGGUGCUGGAGGUGGAGCGGGAGCGGGAGCGGGAGCUGGAGCUGGACGUCCACAGCUAUCCACCGAACAGACAGCACAGUUGGCCGGACUCUUAGGCCAGGCCCUCGGCAGUAGUCUGCGACCAUACUUGGCCAACGGAGGUGCAGCGGGCGGCGGAGGAGCAGCAGCAGCAGGCCUGGGUGGGGCAAAUCCACAGGCACUAAGCGGUCUGCUGGGCCUGCUCGGCUAGACAGGCCUCAAGUCAUUCAGUAUUACCGAUGUCCAACGAUGGGUGGGUCUUUCCAUAGAGAUCGCUUUGUUAAAGCUUUGCCGUGGGCUUUGAGUCUGGUUUUUCUCCCUCUUCAGGCCCAUGCAAAUUAGUGUUAAUAAAAAUUGUUAAUAAGAAUCGAAUGGUGGUUGGGUCAGGGCUGAGAUCACCCCUGAAGAUGCACGACAAGUGCACUUCAAUUAGA